AUGUCCAUGAAGCGCCUGCGUAUUCUCCCGAAGCAAAUGAACUAUUCUAUGCCGACACAAGCACUUAAUGUGGACACUCAUGAGGUAAAAUUCCCGAUAUUACUACUUGAAGCAUCAUACGGCCGAUUCAUCAAGGCCCGCAAAGUUGAGACAUCACCACCUUUGGCGAACGUCAAUGAAGCGAGAUACCACAAGGAUCGCAUUUACCUGGCCACUAACGGCGGACAAGUUCAGGCCAUAUACUUUUUUAAUCCCCUUAAUGGUACGGCGACCCUAGUAGUCAAUAACUUUCGAGUCCGCAACCUCAACAGUCCAAAUGGCCUGAUCUUUGACUUGAAUUCUAACAUCCGGUUCACAGACCCGGGCUGGGCUCAGGGCUUUCCCAAGGUCCAGGCGCCUGAACUCCCCAACGGGAUCUAUCUAUUCAACACCAAAACGAAAGCGCUAGUGGAGGUCUCAAAUUCAAUCGUCGCGACACCAAACGGACUGGCAUUAUCGCCCGAAGGACUGUAUGUUGCCGACUCAAAUUCCACUGCAGGCAGGUCUUUGGAAUUUAAUCCUGCUAGCUUAUGGAAUGUCAGGGCAUUUGACGUAACGGGCUCACUCCUCAGCGAUGCGCGACUCAUUCACCAGACAGAGAGUGGAUGGCCGGAUGGAAUACAGGUCACUCGGGAUGGGUAUAUCCUGGUUGCAGUACUGGGUGGAGUGGAUGUCAUUGACCCCAGCUCUGGACUUUUGACUUUUGCUGGGCAAGAUCAAUACUCUGGACGUUAUUAA